GCGGGAGGCCUCCCAGCUGCAGCCAGAGGCAGCUUUUCACAGCCCAAUGCCCAGCCCCAAACUUCAGAUGAUAACACCAGGGAACGUGAGUUUCCGGCGACUGUCCAAGAUGGAUCUCAGCAGAAGCCUAAGCAAGGGGAGCUGGGGACGCAGCUCUGGCAGUGCCCGGCUCUCCAUAGGCCCAGGCAGCAACAGGAGGAGGGGGCUGAAGGAGGUCCUUCUGCAGAGCAAUGGAGCUGAGGGUGCCAUGUGGCUGGCAGCAGCCCAGAAGAUUGCCAGCGGCAGCAGCCUGUCUGUGGGGGCACAGCCGGAGAAGGAGCAGCCACCGGAGCAGAGCCCUGAUGAGCUGGCCCUGGCCCUGGACCCUCUGGAGCACGAAUGGGUACUGACAGUGGCUCAGGGUGAGUCAGAGAGCAUCCUGCGGCUGCUGGACAUGGAUGGGAGCCUGCUGAGCAGGAGGGAUUUUGUAACGGGCUUCACAGCCCUCCACUGGCUGGCCAAGCACGGCCGCCAUGAGGACCUGAUCAAGGUGAUUUCCCAUGCACAAAUGAAGGGCUACCCUGUGGACGUCAACAUACCUGCAGCCAGUGGUGGCCUGACCCCCCUGCACCUAGCUGCCUUGCAGGGGCAUGAGAUGGUCAUCAAGGUCUUGGUGGGUGCCUACGGAGCAGACACCAACCGGAGAGACCACAGCGGGCACAAGGCCUGGCAAUACCUGAAAGCUGACUCCUCCCAGGAGCUGAAGGAGCUCGCGGGAGCUUUGGAGGAGGACCUGGCCCAACUAGGGGCAUACAACACCAACAACAACUGCAAACCGUCCAAAGAGGGCUGUGCAGGGGCUGGGGACUGUGUGGACUCGGCGGCUGGCGGGGGAGGUCUGCUGUCCAGGCGAUUGUCCUCCUUCCGGAGGUUGGUCAGGCAGGCAUUUGCUUUCUUCCAGGAGCGUUAAGCUUUCCUUUGGGGCUAAGGCUCUGUGGGUUGUUGCCUGCAACCUCCGUCUAGAUAGCAAACCCUGGGGAGGCAGGGACUGCCACUGAACCAGGGCUAGUCAGCAGCACCCAGGCUGGAGAGCUGGUGGCCUCUGCAAACCUGUGGCAGGCUAGAGCCUGCCCUCAGACCUGUGCAUGUGCCUCCCCCAUCUGCUCAGCCCCUUGGGGUUAUGCACACAUUGCCAGGGCAGGAUUUGGCCCUGCAAGAGCUCUUUUGCCUGUGAGGGUCAUUGCUCCCACAGCAGAACUUUCCUACCUUGAACAGAGGCCUCGCCAGCACCAGCCCUGCGGCCUUAUGAGUUCCCACCCACCAGGCUCUCUGCACAGCACUGAUUGCAACGGUUUGCCCUGGCGCCGGGGUGGGAGGGUGACUUAUGAGCAGGCUCUUUGGCACUGAUCCCAUUCUGAUUUCCUGCCUGCCCCCAUGCUGUGAGUGAAGACAGUGGCCUGGGCACAGGCACGCCUUCCUUCUACAGAACCUCUCUGCUUGAAGUCACGAGCAGCGAUGGUCACAGAUGGACGGGAAGAGGAAGUGGGGGCUUGUGGUUAAAGCUGAGGGCAGAGUCCUGGGGAUCCAUUCUCAGCUCUGGAAUAGACUCUGUGUGUAACCAUGGACAUGUCUCUGCAUGUCUCUGUGCCUCAGUUUCCCCAUCCAUGAAACAAUCCUCUGGCUCCCUGCUGGGCUGUGGGAAGACAGCAAUUACUAUUUGUCAUGUACCUCCAGGCCUUUGAAUGGAGGGUGCUGGCAAAGCAUUAUUAAAUGUUUCACAACAGGCUGCUGAGAAUGUGGCCUCUACAUGGGGAAGCAGCAGCGGCUGUGCCUUGAGAGAGACAAAUCCUCAUGAAGGUUAAAUAUGGAGAAAAAACUCCAUGGCUAAGGAGAGAGAGACUCCCAGAGCGAGGAGGGAUGGGAGGGUCAUGUGAGGGCAGUCACUCUCAUGCAAAGGAGGAAAGGAAGGGAGCCAGGACAAACAGAGUCACUGGUGCCAGGGGAAAGGCAGCAGACCGGGAGGGU